AUGGAGAACCCAGUUCCGGACGGUGAAGUGAUGGGCGCGAACGGUGCCAGUAGCAAGAUUUGCAGCGUUUGCGGGGACAAGGCACUCGGCUGCAACUUUAACGCCAUCACCUGCGAAAGCUGCAAGGCGUUUUUUCGGCGCAAUGCACUAUCGACGAAAAAGUUUUCGUGCCCGUUUAAUGAAAAGUGUGACAUCACGAUCAUAACGCGCCGCUUUUGUCAAAAGUGUCGACUAGUGAAGUGCUUUCGGAUCGGCAUGCGAAAGGAGUACAUCAUGUCGGAAGAGGACAAGGUGCUGAAGAGGAAGAAAAUCGAACAGAAUCGUGCCAAAAAGAGGCUUAGUGACGCACAGCCGGAAGGGGCGUCCGAAGCGGGUCCGACAGGCGUUGACACGGAGACCAGUAACGGGGUUCCGGUUAAGCUUAAGCGAGAGAAAUCUCUGAAAUUCUUCGAUGCCGUGGAAUGCUGGAACAAUUCAUCGUCCUCCGAGUACUGCCCGACGGAUCCUGGUCAGUCGAACGGUCUCGGUUCGGUUGACCCCUCGAAUUCCUCUAACCAUUCGCUUGUCUCGAAUGGCACGGCCAACGGGUUCCAUCGCGUGCCUUCACCAGCGGAACUAAUCACCACUCCCGGUUCGUCGGUCUACAAUCCGAACAGUUCCCUCUCGUCCGAGACAGAACUGCUGACGGCUGCAGUUGCAUCGUUGCAGCAACCGACACCUGCGAAUGGAACCGUGGGGACGGCUUCACGAUCGAAUGGCAGCAGCUCACAAAUGGCCGCUUGGGAUGACGCUUCCCUAGCGCCGGUUACGAUCGACUCGAGCGCGGAAGAUAUUGUCAAUCGCAUCGUCAACUAUCCGACGCGCGCCAGCCAAACGAUUGCCUCGCUAAUGAAGAGUCCUCGCGACGCGGUUUUUAUCAUGUCGAAGAUCAUCCAUUCGCAGUGCGACGCGCUGAAGCUGAUAAGCCACUUUAUAGUCGCACCUGGCGAUGCACUUCAGAUAAUCAGCCUCAUCAUGAACUCUCCUUUCAAUUCGUUAACUGUUUUUGCACAGUUUAUGUCAUCUCCGACCGAUGCAUUGCAGGUGAUUGGGAAGAUAGUCAGUUCGCCGGCCGACGUUUUGACAUUUAUGCAACAGCUAAUGCAGCAACCGGAAGACGCGCUGCAAAUCAUGAACAAGUUCAUGUCAUCACCGGCCGAGGCGCUCCAGAUGAUCAACAAGAUGAUGAGUCACUCGGACAUUGUGAAAACGAUCAAAGAGGCGGCCGAUACAUCUCAGAAGGAUGACGAGGAGCCGUCGGCAGUUCCGCUGCAGCAACCGCAACAGCCGAAUCAGCGGACGCUGGCCCCGGACGCACUGGAAGCUGCGGAUGGCCCUUCAGAGCAACAUCAAAUGAUUCGUUCGUUGAUGCAAGAAUCGGUGGCUCUGGAUGCGGUUGCACCGAUCAGUGCGGCCGCGUCCCCUUCGUCCACGUCGAACUACGAACCAUCGUACCAAUCGAUGCUCGAUCCGUUGCUUUCGAGCACGACUUUGGCUGGAGCCAACCACCCUCACCACCAUGGUCACGGUCAGUCCACGUCGCCUUCGAGUUGCUCAGCCGAUAUAGCCGACGUCAUGUUUGCAUCCACCACGUUCGGGCACGAUCUGUCGACGGCCGCCGCGAUCGUCGGGCCACCGACGGACGAUUUGGACAUCUUUCAAGACAUCGAAGCGAAACCGAUCACGGCAAACACACUGGAAUCGGUGCUGAUGCAAGCCAUCAAGCUGGAGUACGAGGGCUACAAUAGUGCUCCAAUUGGGGCCGGUAGUGCGGGACAGCAGGCACCGUCGCACCAUCACCAUGGAACGGUGCUUGGGAACAAUAGUAUCGAGCUAAACGAUGCUGAAAGAGCCAAACUGAACGAGCUGAUUGUGGCCAAUAAAGCGCUCUAUGCUCCCGUCGACGAGGAUCUUGCGUCGCUCAUCUCGGAUGACUGCAGGAUUAAGAGCAACCAACCGCAACAGGACCCGCAGCUACUGAAGGUGAUCAACCUGACGGCCAUUGCCAUUCGGCGGUUAAUAAAGAUGUCGAAAAAGAUCAGCGCCUUCAAGAACAUGUGCCAAGAGGAUCAGUUGGCACUACUGAAGGGCGGCUGCACGGAGAUGAUGAUCCUGCGAUCUGCCAUGCAGUACGAUUGUGAUAGGGCAACGUGGAAGAUUCCUCACAGCCAGGAAGAAAUGUCCAACAUUAGGGCCGAUGUGCUGAAGCUUGCCAAAGGAAACGUUUACCAGGAGCACGAGCGUUUCAUUCGGACGUUCGACAAAAAGUGGCGCUCCGAUGAAAACAUCAUACUGAUCAUGUGUGCCAUUACUCUGUUCUCGCCCGCUCGUCCCAAAACCAUACACUCGGAUGUAAUCAAACUUGAACAGAACUCCUACUACUAUCUUCUACGCCGUUACCUGGAAAGCAUCUAUCCCGGUUGUGAAGCACGGUCGGUGUUUCUUAAGUUAAUGCAAAAAAUAUCUGAGCUUCAUCGUUUGAACGAUGAAAUCAUCAGUGUUUACCUCAACGUUAACCCGUCCGAGGUGGAGCCGCUUUUGCGAGAAAUAUUCGAUUUAAAAGUGCAUUGAAAACGCUAAAUUGAUUGCCGUUUUGACGGUAAUUUAUCGCUGGUUAUUGGAAUAGGUUAGCCCAAAGCUUAAAGUGGAGGCUCUUUAACUGUAUUUUGUUAGACACACGAGCAUUAGAUUGUCUCGGAUGACCGGUAUUACGAAUAUUUGGUUCCUACACGCAUUUCUCCUUAGAAUUAAGAUCCGUUUCCGUUAUUCCGAUUUCUAUUGGAAGGGUAUUACUGGCUGAUGUUACUCAUGCUGCUUUGAUAGGUUCAUGACAAUUUAUCAACCUUUACUGGUGGCACUGGACAAAUAAUUUAUAUCAUUACUCAGUUGCAAUCCUGUUUUAUUUGGCAGUAACCAAAACACUCUUUCAGUGCUCGCGUACCUCGUUUACAUAAGUUCCGUUUCGUAUGAUACAUUAGACAUUAGAAAAGCAAAUUUUCUGCAUUCAUGUUGAGAAUCAAACUACUAAACGAAGUAAAUCGCUAAUAGCUACAACUAAUUUGGAACAAAAAAAUGCGUUAAGAAAUACUAUCAAACUUUGUACGUUAAGGUUAAAGUCAAAGAACAUUCGCUUUCUCUCUGUAGACUGUGAGAAAGUAAUAUACAGGUAAACGAAAGAAGUGAUAUCAAAUAUUAUCAACCUUGCCUUACAGCGUAUUGUGAUGCCUUUGCUCUUACAGCGAAUGUACAUUGUUAGGGAAUGGACUUGGGGCGAGCUUUGAAACGAAAAAGAGAAAACUAGCAAAAUAAAGACAGCAUGCGGCACGAACGAAAUGGAGUUCGUAUGACUAAAGUAACGUGAUACGCUUAGGUUAGUACGAGUCGCAAAACAGAUGCAUCACUGGAGACAACCAACCAAAACAGACAAAAGUUCAAAUUACGAAUAUAGAAACGAGCAGACGCACCGUCGUCUAAUUUCGUUCUCUUUCCUAUGCAAUGCUUUAGCCGUUAAGUAGGUUAGGUAUUUUUUUGUUUCUACUGUUAAAAGCUUUUACUGUUUGUUAUUAACUGGUAGUAUAAAUUUUUAUUUACAUCAUUGUGUA